CGUCGAUACGCCGGUCGAAGCACUUGCGACUGUCCAAACUGCCAAGAACUUGACCGACUCGGACCGAUAUCCGGUUCGGCCCAAUACCGAAAGCGAAACAUCCACACCUGCCACAUGCCUGGAUGCGGCAAGAUCUACAACAAAACUUCGCACCUAAAGGCGCACCUACGCUGGCACACCGGAGAACGACCGUUCGUCUGCAACUGGCUCUUCUGUGGCAAGCGCUUCACACGGUCGGACGAGUUGCAGCGCCACAUUCGGACACACACGGGCGAGAAGCGGUUCGUGUGCACGGUCUGUAGCAAGAGGUUCAUGCGUAGUGACCACCUCAAUAAGCAUCUCAAGACCCAC